AUGAGUGCCUAUCCACCGUCUUCUGGGGCAUCUGUAGCAUCUACGGCCCAUACAACGACGACAGCGGCAACCUCCCAACACGAUACCUAUCCCUACCAAUGCAUCGAACAAAUCCUCAAGGACUUUUUGGUAUACCUCAAGGAUGUGAAGCAGCGGUACAGUCCUUACCAUGAUGACGGGAUUGACUGCGAUUCCCCCAUUAACUUGGUAGAUGGCUACACCAACAAUAGGACUCUGAAUUGGGAGGGACACUUUGAAGCCAAUGAGCACAAGGAAAAGUUAAAGUUCUUUGGGAGGGCCAUUGGCAAACACUUGCAUCGGAUACCCAAAGAAAACAAAGCGAUUCGCCAGAUUCUAGAAACCAUGAAGCAGGCUAUUCGAGAAGGCAUGCACAAGGAGGGGCUGUAUCGUCGUCGCCACGUGUCGGUAUUGGUAGAGAACAUUACCAAUCUACUUCAGUUUCUGCAGCCAAUAGACUUGGAAAAACUCAUUGAUCUAAUGAAGAACAAUCGACUCGCGGGUGACAAUAUGGAAGGCCAUGAAGUAGUGCUAUUGUUGGGGAGUGUCGGCUCUGGGAAAACGACAACCUUGCUUUCCUUGGCAGGAACUUCUUUCACAGAAGUUCAGGUAGAUGGAUUCACCCACCUUAAGCCUGACAAGUUUCUAGAUCCUUCUGUGGUCGGAUAUGAAACUUCAUAUGGUCGAGAUGCGAUGACCAGGGCACUGCAGACUGCACGAGUGACACUGGAUGGGCGUGAGUUGGUCGUUUGCGAUACGCCUGGCUUUGGAGAUGCAGAAGACUUUGAACAGGAAAUUGCCAAUGGACUGGGCAUCGUCCGGGCGCUUCAUAGAGCAAGGAGUGUCCGACCAGUCCUGGUGCUGAGUCGAGAAGGUAUGGGGGAUCGGUUCAGUGCCUUUUCCGAAACCUUAGCUUCGGUGACUCGGUUGAUUGGAAAACCCACAGCCGUUCAUCUCAAACCCAUUAACUAUGUCUUCACCAACUACGAAAAGAGACAUCGAAAUUGCCUUUGUCGACAAUUCAUUCUCAUGAAGAAACGUCCUCGUGGCGACGAAGAAGAGGCGGCAAUAUUUGGAUUGUUCGUCGAUGAUAUCAUCAACAAAACAACUCCCGAAGCUCAGGUGGCACUGCCCUUGGAGGACGGACCGCACAAACUGCUCCUGAGCAUUUUGGAGGAAAAAUUUUGCGUCUUGCAACCGAAAGAAUACUUUGUUCCGUCCGUGUCUGAUUCGGCACUGCGAAAGCUCAAGCUUCAACUACAAAUCACUCUCCGAGAUAUUGUCAAUUCUCUCUCGGAAGAAGGGUACGAUCUGGCCGAGUAUAGGAUGAACCAACUAACACGGUUAGCCUUGGUGCUUCCGGAGGCCAGCGAAUGUGCUCAACUGGGAAUGGAGGCAACGCUGCGGCAUAUCACUGUGGCAAGAGACCGCGUCGCGAACAUUGGCAAGAACAUUCAACAUGUCAAACACAAGGAGUUCACUCAACUUUUGGAAGCCAUGGGCACAGAGAUUGAAAAGGCUGUGCGCACAGAGAAUUUGAGGUGUGUCUGUGAAGAGUUUGAGAGGAAUUGCGACCCCAGCAAGAGAAAGACACCGAUUGAAUGUGAAACCUUUUGCCGACAACAAAUUCAGUCCCUCGUCUCGUUUGUGAGUCAAGGGAUUCCCCAGUUUGAUCCCGCAACGAUGAAUACGGAAGCACUGAUGAAAACCCGCGGAUCCUUUCUGACGGGUGUUAUUCGCCUCAAGGAAGUUAGCGAGAUAUUAGGCAACGCUCCCGGAGCCGAAAAGGUCACACCCGCCUACCACAAGGCAUUCGACAACUUUCAUGCAUUCGUGGCUUGUGUCUUGUCCCAAGCGGAGCGACAUUUCCCAACAAGCCCAAGCGAAUUGCAGCGCUUUGAGCGACAAGCAUGGUUUCUGGCCGUACUCAUUCAAGGGUUCCUGAACAAACCCGAUUCUGGUACCGGAGAACACGAGAAAAUGGAAGAACUGGAAAAUAGGCGGUUGAAACUAAUGCUGCGGCUAGAAAUCAAGAUUAGUGAUACCAUGGACUUUGUGGCCAACACGAGGUUUCCGGAUGGCAAGGAGGAAGAUUCCAACCCUGAUUCACUGCCACUAGUCAAACUCUCAGGUCUUCGGUCUCCACGGCUUCUUCUGUUGUCCGUUUCUCAAUUCAGUCGCCUGUGCAAGUUUCUUCCUUCCAAGAUUGAUCGUGAAGAGAUUGAGAGAUCAGUUUCCACACUCGACAAGAAAGUCAUCAACUUCAUCAAAUGCACUUGUUCAAAGGCCGAGUCAAUAUUCAAUAGAAUGGAAGCAAUGAAGGAUCAGCAAGAUAUAUCUACUUCCAUCAGGGCUUCCAUCUCUGUUCGCCACGAUCUGAAGCUGGUUGUCUCAGAGUUCAAGGGUGCACGCAAGUGGUCGAUAGAGAUAGAGGAAAGGACGGACGAUGCUUGGGAACGCCUGUUGAUUGUAGAGGAAGCCGUCGAGGAAUCCAUAAAGUCAAUGGAAGAAAUCAUGUCACGACACCAGAAUCUCGAGCUCGGCGUGGUCUGUGGGAUGCUGGGGUCGAAGUAUCUGUGUGCCAACAAGCCUUCCAAAUAG